UGUUUUCGGUAAGACCCAAGCUGAGGCUUAUCAUAGAGUGGUCGGUUUUGUACCCAGCUACGAUAUCAGACUUGGCCACUUUACCAUAGAGAUGACGACUUAAAAGAAAAAAGUCAAGUCGGCAGGAUAUAGAAGGAUUACGCCUUCUCCAUGUAAAUCUCUUGUCAAGGGGAUUUUGGUCACGCCAGAUAUCGCCUAGGUCAAGGUUAAUUUGAAUUUUUUCUACUUCGGUGAGCGCUUUCGGGUGCGAGGUGCCGAGAAUGCCACCUUCCUUGUUUAAUUUAGCAUUUUUAAUCAAGGUAAAAUCUCCACCCAAGAUGAUGUUAUCGCAAUCAAAUUCAAGUAUUCGGUUUUUAACAUUUUGGAAGAAAUGGGGGUCAUCCUUAUUUGGAGCGUAAAGAUUAACAAGCGUAAAACAUAAGUCUGCCGUCUUAAUGUCUAAAAUGAUAAAACGACCAUCUGGGUCUGCGUAAUCCUUGUUUAAAACGAAAUCGAAAUUAGUUUUAAACAGAAUGGCCACACCCGCCCUUCGACUAUUUUCACAGCUAAAAAAGGCUUUAUAACCCCAUUCAUUUUGCCAUAAAUCACAGGUUUCCUUCGUACAGUGCACCUCUUGUAAAAAAAAAAACAUGGAAAUUUUUCUCCCUUAGCCAAUUAAACAUUUCUCUUCGUUUAGCUUGCCCUGAUAAGCCUCUAACAUUCAAUGAACAUAUAUUUAAGAAUUAUAAUGGUGAAAACCAAUUAUUAUUAUCCUGCAUUGAAAAACCAUCCACCGUAACAAAUAUCUAUAAAGCCAAGCAAGGAUGCAACUAACGAAAACUAUACAGACGACACACACGAUAAAAGGAAAAAAAAGAAAAAACCUAUUGCUGCCACUUCUACAAACGGACAUUAUACUACUACAGAGAGAGCAUAAACAAUACACUACUAGCAUACACGGGCUUUUUCACUAGGAAUGGAAAGUUAUGAGCUGGUGCGAACUAAGACCUUUAGGUAGUGCUCCUAAUUAUUUGUACUAUCCGGACGACUAUUUGGUCGGAGCUCCGCCAUAAAAACAUUUUUAAAGAUGCAAAGCGAUUACUCCUACUUUUUGGAGGCAUCGAAUUGCAAAGAAUAACACGCCAAAAGGCGGAGCACCGAAGUACACGUCCUUACACCUCGACCGUUCCCAGCAUUCCCCCCGCUAGAACAUGGUUACCUGAAACAAACAGGGAUAAGUAGUUGAAUGAAAAACGUUUAUUGUUUUAUUGGUGACAAAAAGUGUCCACUUUAAAGGUCUAUUUUUUGUUGUAGAAAUCACAAGUGACUCACUCCAAUUCAUCUAGAAUUUCUUCUCUAAACGUCCUUAGAUGUAGACGAAUGCCACUCCCAAAACGCAUGUGGAGCCAAUCAUGUUUGCAAUAACACCGUUGGGUCGUACAGGUGUGAAUGUCCAAUUGGAUUUACGGCUGAUUCUGGUGUACAGGACCCCCUGAAUCCAGUUUGUGUAGGUAAGUAGGAGUGCAGAAAUCAUGAGGAGGUAAGAUGCAGAUGAAUCUUGACCAAAGGGUAAAAUCUUCUUGUAAAGACAAUUAAAACAGUACAUGUCCAAAGCUUUAGAUUUACACGACCAGCUGCAGUUAAAAAGGGUCAUACUUAAUAGACGCGUAACAGAUUCCUCAUUCUGAAACAUUUCCGGCUUUGGUUAAACCAGGUACUAAACGAAAUUUAGCCCUAGUCAGUAACUUUUCCUCAGAAUUUACGGUGAGGAAUUUUGUGAAAACGCAACGGUAAAAAGGUUUUUCUCCUGGUAUUUCGGUUUUCCCCUUUCCUCAAAAACCAACACUUCCAAAUUGCGAUUCGAUCUGGAACGCACGGACACGAUUAAACUAAGUUCUUCGUGGGUAAACAAACUAAAUUUUUUUUAAAGCAAAAAUUUUCCAUGUUUAGAUUUUCUUCUUUUUUCCUCGUUUCUUCUUCUUGUUCUUUAUUUCUUUUUAAUUUUUUCAUCUUCAUUUUUUGGUGAAGCAUGCACAAAGUGUGAUAUGUGGGUUGUAAUCUUUGUUCUAACUACUGGUUUGUAGUAUUAUUGUUUUACCUUAGCACAUAAAUAUAUCAGCGUUGUCUGUUAAUGGAGAAUUUGUUAACCUCUGCAGAUGUUAACGAAUGUCUGUUCCAAGAUGCCUGUGAUGCUAGUUGUGUCUGUAAUAACACCGUCGGAUCGUACAGAUGUGAAAAUUGUCAAAAUGUAAAUGGUAUCCCAGCUGGUCCAUCCCUACUUGCUUCAUUAAGUGGAUUUUGUAUACUUUUGCGAUUACGUUGCGCGCCGGAGCGUACGGCCAGAUCAUAUAAUGAAUUUAUACCAAUCCAUUCUUCGAAGCUUGAUGGACGAUAGCCUGUCCUCUUUUCUGCAGGGGCUGUUUCUGGUGAAUUUUCUUUGUAGCCUUCGUAGAUUUAGACGAAUGCCAGUGGCCAGAUGCCAGCCCCCAGGUGCUCAUAUUUUUGUUGUGGAUUCUUGAAGCUAUAAAAGCACGAGUGAUAUAAGCAGUACAGUAGGGAUGAAAUUAUCCGGAGGAAUAUCAUUAACUUGCGGAAUAAUACAUUAACGCUGCGGUGGAUUCUCACUAAGUUAACGUCACGUGCUAUUUUUAAAACUUGUUUGACAGGUUUAAGAUGGAUGACGUCAUCACUUUUUGUCUAAAUCAAAUGACUAAAAUGUGGAGGAUUCUCAUCUUCUUCCCUUUUGAAUAUUUUUAGUACAAAGAAACAACAGAUACACGUAGCCUUGACCGGUUUUAACCUGUUUGUCAUGUUCUAGUUUUAUUUAACUAGUCUGACAGGUUUUCUAGGUAUUUUAAGGUCGAUGAACGUCUUGGUUUUCGAUUAGUUGACUAGAAACUGAGAAAGGUAGUCAUUGGUUAAUUUAUGGUGUGUACUGAUAUUUAGAUGUUGAUGAGUGCCAGUCCCCAGAUGCUUGUGGAGCCAAUCUUGUUUGCAAUAACACCUUUGGCUCGUACAGGUGUGAAUGUCCAGUCGGAUUUGUUGCUGAUUCUGGCGCACAGGAUCCCCUAAAUCCAGUUUGUAUCGGUAAGGAGAAAAGUAAUGAUAAGUGCUGAAGAUAAAAACGAAAAGAAUUUGAAAGUUUUUACGUGCAUAAGGAGACUUGUCCGGAUUCCAAACACACUUUAGGAGAAUAUGACACCGUAGCAAUGAAUAUUGAUAACCCUUGGUGCCGUAGAACUGGUAGGCUAGGCUGUUUACAGCCACCUUCCCCCAAACAAAAUCUCUCUCCCCAAUUUUGUUUGAGGGGAGGGGUAGCUUCAUACAGGUCAUAAUGGCGCUAAUAAUUAUUCAUGAUGAACGAAAUCUGAACAAAAUUAAAUCUGGAAUUUUUCUAAAUAUCAGUCUCCAAAACCUCGCAUACUGCAAUGUUGAAAAGCUGAAAUUAGUGACGAAGAAUUUAGUUAUUGUCUGGUGCAUGUUUAAUUUUUGAUAUAUUUAACAUGUUCAAGAGUAUUUUGAUCAUACCUUCUGCAGAUGUUAAUGAAUGCAAGUCUCCAGAUGCUUGUGGAGCCAGUUCUGUCUGUAAUAACACCGUUGGCUCGUACAGGUGUGAAUGUCCAAUCGGAUUUGUUGCUGAUUCUGGCGCACAGGAUCCCCUAAAUCCAGUUUGUAUCGGUAAGGAGAAAAGUAAUGAUAAGUGCUGAAGAUAAAAACGAAAAGAAUUUGAAAGUUUUUACGUCUAAAUAUAAGUUUCCAAAACCUCCCAUACUGCAUGUUGAAAAGCUGAAAUUAGUGAUGUUUGGUAUAUUCAACACGUUUAAGAGUACUAUUUUUAUAACUUCUGCAGAUGUUAAUGAAUGCCAGUCUCCAGAUGCUUGUGGAGCCAAUUCUGUCUGUAAUAACACCUUUGGGUCAUACAGAUGUGAUUGUGCAAAUGGUUUCGUUGCUGACUGCGGUCUACAGAAUUCACUAAAUCCAGGUUGUGUUGGUAAGAACUACAUAAACUGUGUUAAGAAAGUGGGUUAGCCAUUGCAAAGAGAUGCAAAGCCGUAGAUUGUAGCUUGUAUCUGCCCCCCCCCCCUUCCCCCGGGGGUUCAUUUCCUUAUUUGGCCUAAAUGGUUAUCUGCCGCUGAACUGGGUGUAUGGGUUUCAAGAGGAAGGUACGCAGCCUCAAGGUCUUGAGCUUUAAACAGGGUAUACAAGUUUACUAUUUAGAAUCUUAUUGUAUAUCUCGGUUGAGCUAAACUGUGUACCGGUUGGAAAAAAAGAUGGUGACUUGAAAAGUAAGAAAGAUAUAUUACUGUGAAAGGUUUGAACCCAAGAGUUAUGAGUAUGAUCACUGUCAAUGACAACAGUCCUAUUCAGGACUACAUUCACCCGGACGAUCAUACUCAACCCACUUAUGAAAGAUAUAUUAGUUGAACAAAACAUGUUUACUCCGCUUUUCACAAACAUGCGAAUUCUGAAGUUCAAAAGCCAACUGACGAUUGCGUUUUCGCUGCCGUCAAUCAUCUUAACGGACCUCUUAGGAAACAAAAGUUCUCUUUAACAGGUUCAAAAGGUCAAGGUUUGUGAUUGGUGGAUUUCGAUCCGUUUUGUGUGUUUCUGUGUUUCAAGGUUCGUUGCUUGUGAUCGUAAUUAUGAUUGACGGCAGCGAAAAACGCAAUUGCGAAGGCGGCUUUUGAACUUUAGAGUUCGCAUGUUUGUGAAAAGCGCAGUAAAGAGCUGAGUAAGGUAACCCUUCUUUGAAAAUUUUCACACCUCCCUGGUGCCUUGAGGUAGAGAGGGAGAGAGGAGGUACAGAUUGCCAAAUAAAUGACACCUUUCCUACAUUAAGGCAGCAUGGAAACCGCAAACAUCUCUCACAUAAAUCAUGAUAUUUUAUAAUUAUGUGAAUUCGAUUCUCUUUUGAUUGAUAUGUAGUCUGCUUUGCUCUACCAUCACGGCUUAAAAAAAAGUCAUAGCAUCUCUCGUAUCAUGUUACUUUCGUAGAUUUAGACGAAUGCCAGUCUCCAGAUGCUUGUGGAGCCAAUCACGUUUGUAAUAACACCGUUGGCUCGUACAGGUGUGAAUGUUCAAUCGGAUUUGUUGCUGAUUCUGGUGCACAGGACCCACUGAAUCCAGUCUGUGUCGGUAAGAAGUUUAAUCUGAAAUAUAUAAAAGUUUCUUAACCAUACAAAGCAAACAGAGGAACCCUGGCUAGAACGUUUUUCCAAAGAAAAAUAUCUGUGGAUGCGGGAGAAAGGGAGUAACUUCAAUGGGCUCGUGUCACGAAAUGAUAUUUCUGCCUUUUAAUAAAGUUUAGUUUUCCUUUUUGAUAUCUUAUACUUCGAAUGUGCUCAUAGAUAUGGUGCAGAUUCUAUUUUCGCGGGCAAAAGUGCCUUAUAAUGUGUCUAAAAAUAAACUGGUUCCUAAAAACGCCGCGACGUAGGCCUAGUAUGGGAGUUGCUCGGUCCGAGUUAUGGGCUUCUGGUGGAUGUCAAUCAAACCAAGGCAGAGCAAGAUACGUCACUCAAAGGGUUUGAUCAAACUUGAAUUUUAAAAGACUGUCAAGCAACGCUUCAUUCAAGCAAAGAAGGAAUCAAUCAAUGGUCUUUUCGAUAAUGUAAACUUUUAACAAAUAAAGCACUGAAACGGUGAUGCGCCAACGAGAAUGAAGUAUCUUCUACGGUGGAUUCUUUCUAAUUCUAACAGGGUAUUACAAUCAGGCUAAACUCAAGCGUUCCCCGUAGAUUCUAUUAAUUAUUAAUGGCUUAUUUACAAAAAAAUGAGGCUUUGUCUACAGGGGGGAGGGGGGCGGGGGGGGAAAGGAGGGUGGGUGUCAUCCAGACCCUAAGAUAAGGGGGAGCAGGGGCCGGUCUUCUUCCUGUAGUUUUUUCGGUCCUUCGGGCCUCGGUUUCGUCUAAAAGUAAGCGGGUCCCCUGGAUCCGCCCCUGCAUCCACCACUGGCUCUUUUGCCGACACAAAAACCGUUUGUAUCGGAUAGAGCCUCUGUUCACAUGUGAGAAUGUUGCGAAACGAAGCUGCCCAUGGCCGAUCUUCAAAGUGGAUCGUCACAUAUCAGAUGAGGUUACUGUAGGCAUGUUUCACUAUCUGGCGCCGUGUGAACAGGUGAUAAUACCGCUAUACCCAAUAUAUUUUCCUUUAGACAUUUAAAACUAUCCAUUGUAGAAAUCGCCUGAAUCUGUUAGUCGCCGACGCAGCCAGUGUACCUCAUCAAAUUCAAAUUAAUUAAUCUGCAUUCCUACUUACUUAACAAGCAGUGAUGCGUUAACUACUGCAGCUUCUUAGCUUGCCGUCGACUGACUUGAAGUUUUGGUGAUGUCAAGUUCUAUAUUAUGUUGUGUGACUAGCUUUAAAUGAUCUGGUUUGUUUUUUAGUUGUUUCAGAUUUAUGACGUCACAGUUAACUUUUUCGGUAAUUAUAAUUUGUUAGUAUCUAAGAUCUGCAGGCAAGAUAAGCACAUGGCAUGUCAAACCACAGGUUUCUGUUCACUUCGCCCGCUAAAGCGUUGAUAAUCGAAACAGAUUCUCUAUGUUUAUAAAUACUUUUCCUCGUACCCUCUUUACCCUCCUUAGACUUUGAUGAAUGCCUGUCUCUAGAUGCUUGUGGAGCCAAUUACACCUGUAACAACACCGCUGGCUCGUACAGAUGUGAAUGCACAACUGGAUUUGUUCCUGUUUGUGGUCCACAGGUCCCACUUAACCCAGUUUGUAUCGGUAAGAAGUUCAUGAAGUCUGUUGAAAAUUAAGUUAGUAGCUGUGAACAGAAUCGAACGCGAACGUCUCGUCUGCUGACUUGGAAGACGGUUGGCCGCUUGUUCGUUUUUUUUCCCCCAUUCUUUCCUGAUGGGGUUACCUUUUUUGAAAACAUUGUCACAUGAGGAUCAACUAGUUCAAUCAUAAACGUCGUUCAAUUUUGCGGUGGCUAAGAGUGUUGAUUUGAAAGUUAUUCUUUGUAGUAGGUUUUCUCGAUUUUGCCGGUUACCUUGAUGUGUAAGGACGAGCUUCAGAUUUCGUUGUCGGUUUAAUUAUAAUUUACAUGUAGGUGUGAUAAUAUUUACUUUAUUCGCAGUUUUAAGACAUGUGCGGUUGUAGAUGCUUAAUGGCCUUUACCUUUUGAUUGACAAAAAAUAGAAGGUUCUUUCAAUUUUAUGUGGAAUUUCCAUUGUAACCUUCGUAGAUUUAGAUGAAUGCCAGUCCCCAGAUGCUUGUGGAGCUAAUCAUGUAUGUAAUAACACCGUCGGAUCAUACAGAUGUGAAUGUCCAAUCGGAUUUGCUGCUGAUUCUAGUGCACAGGACCCACUGAAUCCAGUUUGUGUCGGUAGGAAUGUAACUUCUGUUGCAGAAGUGGACUUGUCUCAUACAGACAAAAGAAAACAACUCGACUUUUUACGUGAGAAACCAGAGGAACUAAGGCUGUAUUCACACUUUACCUGAUAGCCCUUGCGCCAGCACAAAAACCAUACCAGAUAGGGCUUCUGUUCACAUAAAUAUAAAAGUGGUGAUUUCGGCGCGAUUUCUGCAACUGCGCAGCUGAUCUCUAAAGUAGAGCUUUACAUAUGGGAUAAACUCUGUGCCAAACUGUGGUGCAGUGUGAACAAGUAUUGGGAUUGAAGCAGAGGUAAAAAAAAGGAUCGGGGACUGUAAUCCACGGAGCGGGAAGUAAAUUGUGAACAUAGGUUUAAAUAAUAAAAUAUUAAAUUAUAAAUAUUAUUAGCAACAGCAAUUAAAAUAUAUAUAUGAUAUAUAGGCGGGUAUAAACCAAAGACUUAUGGUAAGAAAGCCUUGAAUUAUACUAGAUAAUGCGAACUAUGGACGAAAACUGUAAAACCUGGAAUUUCCCUAAACAGCAGUUUCAGAUUAACCUCGGAAAUAGCAAUGCUAAGAAGGUGGAAUGAUUAAAAAUUCAAGUGUUCUCUUCUGUAUUAUAUGAAUCUACUGUCUUUAAGUUUUAGGUUUAAACUCUCCGUACAAUGUACGUUAUUGCUUUAUCUAUAUGAUAGCUUAUCUGAUAGCGUAUCUCCGUUCGUGUACGGGCAAAAUGUCUCGUACCCACUACAGAUGUUAAUGAAUGCCAGUCCUCAGAUGCUUGUGGAGCCAAUCGUGUCUGUAAUAACACCGUUGGAUCGUACAGAUGUGAAUGCUCAACUGGAUUUAUUACUGACGACUGCGGUCCACACAACCCACAAUAUCCAGUCUGUGUCGGUAAGAAGUUAAUAAACUGUGUUUAUUUAAAUAGGCCCUUUGCAGCUAGCCAUUCACGUGGUACAAAACCGCCGUGCUGGAGGGCAGAAGUCGCACUGGGACAAGACAAACAAAGAAAAUUAUCAUUUCAAAUUAUGUAUGUCUUUUGUUUGUCUUGUCCCAGUGCGACUUUUGUUCUCCAGCGUGGCGGUUUUGUAGUACGUGAAUGGCUAGCUGCAAAGGGCCUAUUCUGUCAAAGGAAAUAAAAGGAUGUUGGUUUGAGUGUGGUUUAAGGUAAUAUUUCGCGUCAUGUAAGGGAAUCCACGACUGUCUUGGAUUCUGGAUCUCAUGCCGUAGAUUCCGGAUUCCAGGUACUGAAUUCCGGAUUCCAAUCAUUAGUGGCAGCUCGGCAUCCCGCCGAUUUCACAGGGAAAAAUUUCCCAGAUUCCUUUAUCCAGAUACCCUUGCAAGGGCCGAAAUUUUGCAGCGAUGCCGUUGUUGAUAGCUUACGUAAUAUGAAAAACACGGAAAGGUCAGUAAAAUGAAAAUGAUUCAUUUGUUCCAAGGGGACAAAGAAUAGGGCUUUGAAAGGUAAUUUCAUUUCGUAGAUUUCUACUGCGUUCAGGCGUGCUGCCUUGAGUCACGUGGCGGAGAUCGGUUGUGUCCAUCGGCUAAAUGAGAUGUGUAAAUAUCUUAAGUAUGAAUCGCUUGUGAUAUAUGUACAUUAUGCUUUCAUCAUCUUGCAUGGUUAAUAGGUUAUUCAUUUCUCUUUGUAACUUUCCAGAUUUAGAUGAAUGCCAGUCCCCAGAUGCUUGUGGAGCCAAUCAUGUUUGUAAUAACACCGUUGGCUCGUACAGGUGUGAAUGUUUAAAUGGAUUUGUUGCUGAUUCUGGUGCACAGGACCAGCUGAAUCUGGUUUGUAUCGGUAAGAAGAAACAUGAUCUAAGAAUCGGUGAAAUUGUCGAAAGUUAAACAUCACAUGAUUCUUGUCCUCACCACAAAGGAACCUUAAGGUGGCUAUCUUGAGUAUUUUGCUAAUAACCCAGUCCUCCUAACCGUACCAGUGUUAACAAAAGGAAGCCUGCAGUUAAUUUCACCAUUUGUGAAUGGUUUAACGGACACAGGAGUAAUUUCAUAAGUAUUCGGAAUAUGAUCGUCCGUGUGAGUGAAGUCAUGCCUGAAUAGGACUGUUUAUUGUUGACAACGACUGAUGUUUCGACCACCUGUGCGGUCGUCUUCUUCAGAGUCAAAAUGAGUUGAAUCACGUCAGUUGCUGGUAUUAAACUCUAGUUUUUGACCUGAUUGAUCAAUUGUUGACUAUAUACUUUUCGUGAAGAAUUUUCUUGAGUUCGUUCUAUACGUUUUCGUCAACGAUAUGUAGUAUAUUAUGAAUUGGGAGACUAAAUAUGGGGCCGUUAAAAGAUUUUUUUUGCCAAUAUUCGUAAUUGGCUAUUUUCCUUAAAAAUAAUUAGCUCGGAAGAUUAUCAACAGGAUACAGGAGAACAUUUUAUAUAGACGAAAUAAAAUCUGAAAUUUCCUUCACUUUUCCUUAAAAAAUCAGAUGAUUCCCUUUUAAGAAAUAGACAACUGAAAUAGACAAAUGUAUAUCUGAGACUGAAACGAUUUUUUGUGGAGUGCCUCAAGGCUCUGUUCUUGGAACUUUUUUUUUGUUCUUGCUAUUUUUGCUACAUAUUAAUGACAUCCAUAAAUCUUCCAAGGAAUUUACUUUUUAUCUAUUCGCAAAGGAUACAAGUCUAACCUAUGCAAAUGACAACUUACGUAAGUAGUAUGGGGCGCACUUGUUACUUCACUUUUUUGGGCAGGAAUUUCAUUAACUUGGGCAGGAAUACAUUAACGCCAAUGACGUCAUAACCUUUUGUCUUUCUCUCAUGAGUAAAAUGCAGAGGAAUCUCAUAAAGAUAAGGUCGUUUGCUAUUUUUAGUUGGUUUAGGUUUUCUAGUUACUUUAAGGUCGAUAAACGUCUAGAAAACCUAAACCAACUUAUAUCAUGCAAUCAUGCAAUUUACAUCUUGUUUAAAUUAUGGUAUCUGUGCAUAGGGCAACUGUCCACAGACCUACCUCAGUAAGUUACUUGUUCUGCAAAAACGUGCAUUGCGUUUGAUUUACUUGCCAGAGACCAUGCAAUUCCUUUUCUUAUUGAAUCAAACUGCCUUCCUCUACAGUCUUUGUUCUUUCAGCAAUCAAGCUAUUCGUUAAUGCCCCAGAUAAUGAAGAUAAUUGUUUGAACGUUACUUAGUUAAUAGAAUAUUUUAAACAGUUAACCUGAUAUUGUUAGUUUUAUAGAUCUUGAAUUAUAACGUUGUUGUUGAUGUUGUUGUUGUUGUUGUUGUGAAUGGUAUGAAUAAAUAUUUUCUAUUUUAAGGUGAUUCCUUAGUAAAAGAACCUAACAUAGAUUGUAGAUGAAACUUGGUACACUGAUGUAACAAGUCAAGAAGAUGAUAAAAACAGUAAUAAAAAGUUUUGACGUCACAAUGCUGACAAAUACGGCUAUUUAGGACCCUUUUACAAAAACCGCGGGCAGCCCAAAACUAGACAAAAGGAGAGAUUUUUUCGAUGAUGCAUGUGGUAUCGCACAGAAUUUGACUUUAAUUUAUUGUUUAUCCACUUACGUACCAGAAAAAUGCCUUUUAAUGCCCUUUUUUUCACUUUACGCUCCAAAGUAGAAUUAAAUUGGACGCACGCUAUUCGACCCGUGAUACCUCAAUCCGUACAAUUUUGUAAAAUUGCCAAAAAACUGAACAUAGAUUUGUGCCAAUUUUCUCAUCGAAAGGAAGCACUGUCCUUAUUAAAAUCAUGAAAUAAAAAAUGGGGGUCACCGUACUCGUUUUUGCGGUAGAGCUGCAGAAAGUGCGCACCAAACGCAUUUUCUCCGAUUUUUGAGAGAGGACUAGGGCGAGUUUCAAAAUAGAAUGUAUGUGAAAGGGGGAAGAAAGUAUUUAAAAAUCCGUUUUUACAGAAUUUACAUCGAGAUAUCACAUUUAGGACACAAUGUGAUAAAGAAAACUUUAAAUGAAAAUCAAAGUGAGUAAUCACAAGUUAAACAUCCACUGUCGAGGUUCUCCGAGAGGAAGUCGAGCUCACCAACACGCGUACUGCUUACCUUAUGCACAUUCCCAACACAUUGAGUCUCACCUCGGCAAGAAACAACAGCAAGCAAAAAUUCCAAUAGCGUUUCUCUUCAGUCAACUUCCUUUUAAUAAUGUUACUUCACAUGCUCUUUUUUACGGCGGCCAUCUUGUUAUGCGCAGUAAGAGAUGCGCGGUGCAAAACCAGGGAAUCACCUUAAGAGACGUGUACUCCUAUUGCUUUACCUUGGUAUACAUGUAUAAUAGUUUGUCUGCGUUUUAUGGAGAACUUUCUUGGUACCAUCUAUAGAUGUUGAUGAAUGCCUGUCCUCUGAUGUUUGUGGGGCAAAUUCUGUCUGUAAUAACACCGUCGGAUCGUACAGAUGUGAAUGUUCAACUGGAUUUUUUGCUAACUGCAGUACACAGAACCCUCUAAAUCCAGAUUGUGUCGGUAAGCUAGCUAUGUAAAAAAGAUUCAAAAGCUAUUCCGUUUUGCGGCCAGCCUUUUGUCGGAACGAAAGAAAGCGUUGUUGGACGUGUGUGGUUUAUGAAAUAAAGACCUUUAGAUUCGAGAACGACUACGAGUACGAGUACGAGAUUUGAUUUAAAGUCUUUCUUUUUCGCGUAUUCUCAAAAAAAAAACCCCGGAAUUCUUUAUUGUACUUUUUUUCACAAGAAAAGUUAGCACUGUUAUCGUUAUUGAAGGAGGUUUAUAGACCUCUCCCGAUUGCAAAUUGCUAAAACUUCUAACAUUUGAUAACUUAUUCCCGCCAACACGACACUCUCGCUAAAACUCGUAGUAGAAUGACAACGGCUACCACGUUUUCCCGCCAAGAUGACGCUGGUUCACGCGCGAGCACUGCUAAGUCUUGAGAAAAUCUCGUACUCAUAGUCGUUCUUGUCUUACAAUCUAAAGGUCUCUAAUUACACACAUUGCUGCCGGAAUGUGGGAACGUGAAAAACAAUGAUCAAUUUGUAAAAAGACACCAUUAUGAUGACAUCAUAAAUGGGAUUUUACGGCAAGGCAUUGUUCAGAUAAUGGUUUGCAGGCUCCGGUAGCAGGUCUCAGCAAACGAGUGGUCAAGCAGAGUUUGCAGCGUCCUCCUUAUUGUGAAUUCAAAAUGCCUUUUAUAAUCUGAAGCUAUAGUGUUUAGUAUUCCUAUAGAGCGUUUUCACAUGACGUCACGGCGGCCAUAUUGGUGUCCCAAAACAAAAAAACGGCGGCCAUGUUGGUGUUCCAUCCAAACUAAUCCUGUGGGAGUUGAUCUCUUUUCUUAUGUAAACACUUUCUUUUGUUCCCAUAAAUUUGCGUAGAUGCUGGUCACGUGAGUGAAAACGCUCUACACCCAAUUGCUUUACGUGCUGACAUAAAAAGCUAUUUGCUUCAGUAUAAACGGCAACAGCUCAGAACUGGAAGGAUGUUGCUAAAAUAAAACGGGAAAAUGAAAAAUGGAAACUCAGCAGAGAAUUGGAAUGAAGUUACAGUUAGGGCCAGGGUUCAAGCUAGGUUUUGUUCCCAUUUUUUAUUUUCCCGUUCCCCGUGCUCGUUAUCCCCACCCGGUCCCCGUUCUAGUAACAUCCCAACUGGAACAACACAUCGUACCAGAACAGUUGGUGCACUUAAUCAUAAUCUUUACUUUCUUAAGGUCUUUAGGGUUUUUGUCAUUUGUUUGACCAAAAAUACAUGUUAAACUACUGAAAUUACAAUUCGCAAAAUCAAAAUAAAUAAAUAAAUACAUAAAAAGGUAAAAGAAUAAAAACAGCACCAAAAAAAGCAUCUCUUCGUGCGAAUCUGUUUUUAAUUAAGAAAUAUGCCACAUAAAGUGUAUUGAGCAUAAUAUCAGACUUUCCUUUGCUCCUAGAAGAUGGCAUAAACAUUUAUCACAUGAGCAAGAACGGUUCAUUUAUUGCUCGAUCUUUUAAGUACGGAUUGUUAAAUUGCAGCUUUCCUAGCUCAAUUUCAUGUUUAAUUUUCUUUGCAACCUUCGCAGAUUUAGACGAAUGCCAGUCCCCAGACGCUUGUGGAGCUAAUCAUGUAUGUAAUAACACCAUUGGCUCGUACAGGUGUGAAUGUUCAAACGGAUUUGUUGCUGAUUCUGGCGCACAGGACCCACUGAAUCCAGUUUGUAUCGGUAAGAAGUAAAGAAAUUGAAUUGACGGAAAGUUUUUUUACAGACAAACGAAAACAAGUCGCACGUUUUACAUAAGGAAUGUCUAUAUUUCAAGUAGUUUUUACAGAAACAAUACAGCCAAAUCAGUAUAUGAAUACAGGUGUAUGAGCCCUAUUUAAACCUGACGCUCAGGUAAUCCCGGAUUCCGUAAUCCGAGAAAUUUUUGAUUGUGGAAUCCGGAAUCUGGAGAAAUUUUGUCGUUUGGAAUCCGGGCCCUGUUCCUGAAAGGCAGAUUAGCGCUAACCCAGGAUUGAUGUUGUAUUUACCUUUCUAUGCAUUGCUUAGAAUAACAUUUUGUGUUAUGAUAACUGCAUCUCAGAGGAAAGGCUCAACAGUAUUUUCUAAGCUUUGGUUACAUGUUCGUAGACAAGAAAACCGUGCUUAAAAUUUGGCUUAAUCCUGGGCUAAACUUAGCCAUCUUGCGAGGAACCACGUCCCGGGUGUUAGAAUCCAAAAUUACGCGCAAGGAAUCCGGAAUCCCGCUUACGAUUUCAAUCCAGAACGGACGUUCCAUGGUGAUCAGGAAUCAGGAAUCAAUGGCGUGGAAUCCACAAUCCAAUACUGUCUUAAAUUACCUUACAUGGAGCGAGAUCUUGAAAUUUACCAGUUAAGUUCUUGCGCUCAUUUUAUGGAGAAUUUGUACUCUCUACAGAUCGAGAUGAAUGCCAGUCCCCGGAUGCUUGUGAAGUCAAUUAUGUCUGUAAUAACACCGUUGGAUCAUACAGAUGUGAAUGUUUGACUGGCUUCGUUGCUGACUGUGGUGCACAGAGUCCUCUAAAUCCAGUUUGUGUCGGUAAGAAGUUAACUACUAGCAAAGAUAUUUAGCUACUUUAAAGAAAUUCAAAAGAUAACUUUUUGUGUGCUAGCUCUCCUUCACUGGGAAGGGAACAAUAAGUUGGUUGUUUGUAUUUAGAACGGUGGAGCCACUUUGCUGGUUUCAACAAGUCCACAUGAAAACAAUGACAAGUUAAUGACAAUAGUUAAAUGACCAGCGUUCCGCUUUUGAUACUUUUUGGUUAAAUUUCUCUACCUUAUCGGGCUGUUAAAUAACGAUUUCCUUCCAUUUGAUGAACACUUGUUUUGUCAUUUUGGUAGAUUUAGAUGAAUGCCAGUCACCAGAUGCUUGUGGAGCCAAUCAUGUUUGUAAUAACACCGUUGGAUCGUACAGGUGUGAAUGCUCAAACGGAUUUGUUGCUGAUUCCGGUGUACAGGACCCACUGAAUCCAGUUUGUAUAGGUAAAAACUAAAACGAUCUAGAACAUGGGCACAACUCUCUCAUACAAACUUAACUGUAUCAGUCAGAGUUUUUAAAUUGGUAUUAUUAUAUGGCUCAUGAAUAGUACGAGCGCUCUGAUUGGCUGCUGAGCGGGUAAAAUUUUCUUGUAAUGACAGGGAAUUACUGGCAAGGUGUCCAAGGUAUAUACAAUCUCUGUGUUAACUUGAUAGUGGACAUCCAUGUUAUGUCCAAUUGACAGCUGUCAAAAAAGUAUCCGUGGACUAGUGUCACAUGAUUGUAUCGCGGGGUCAAGUGUGCAACUCAUUGAGGUGACGUGUUUGGUUUUUUUUUUAUAGAGUUUUCCGCUAGCCAGUUAUUGGUUUUAAUAGAUCGAAGGUACAGGACAAAAUUCGUGUCACUGUCAAAAAUACUGUGUCGUGUGGUUUCAAUUGCAUCGCCAUCGUUUCGGUUCAGUGAACACAACCUCAAAUGACCUCUUGCGCGCGAAAGCGGAUGUUAAAAAUUACUUCCAGUGUUUUUUAUUUUAUUCUUUUUAAAAAUUUAAUAGCGCUAAAAAGGCCAGAUAAUAAAUAACCUAUUAACUUCUGUUCUGUCAUUACAGGAAUCUCAGCCUUGAUGUAUCGACCUUGCUAUCGCUCGGUCAAUCAACAAGGCCUCGGUCUGAGAUUUUCCUGCAAUGACCUCACUCUAGGUUAAUAAGUGGUUUAUGAUGUUCACGUACAUUUGUGCACAGAUUUUAAUGAAUGCCAAUCUCCAGAUGCUUGUGGAGCCAGUCAUGUCUGUAACAACACCGUUGGAUCCUACAGGUGUGAAUGUUCCAAUGGAUUUAUUGCUGCUUGUGGUCCACAGGACCCACUAAAUCCAGUUUGUGUCGGUAAGAACUGUGGUAAUUAAGUAAGUUAACAGCUCCCGUAAAGGGUUUUAAAAACCAACGUUUCGUUUGCUAGCCGCCGGAUCGUCGAUGUCUUGGAAGAAAGUGGUUGUUUGUGGUUAUAUAUCCAAGGGUGGAGCCACGCUACUGAUAGGAACAUGGUCACCAAUACCAAAGAUAAAAAAUGAAAUAAUUCAUUGAUUCCGUGGGUAAUAAGUGUGCCUUUUUUAAGGUGUAGUAUGUUUUUCUGUAUGUUAUGACGGCUUUCGGUGUCGUUUUAAUGCUAGGAAGGGCUGCAGUUCCCGUGUGUCGCAGGAAUAAAUGUGACUUUUCCCCGCACCAAGGCAUUACAUGAAAAGUCGAAGAAAGUGUAGAGUUUAAAUUGUGUGUGUUUAAGCGGCGCACCAUACAUAGGAGAAUUUGGUUAUCUAUGCAUCCAAGAAAUUUUUUGUACUCACAAAGUCGUCCUCACGUACGUCAGUAUGUCAGUACAUCCACCCAUUCAUGUUGGUGGAUGUGAAAUGGCACGCUUACUAGCUUGGACUACAAGGCAUAUACUAUCUGUGUUUGACUUGGUAUUGGACAUUCAUGUUAUGGUCAAUUGACAGCUGUUAGAAAAGGGUAUCCACUGACCAGUGUCACAUGACUGUAGCUUUGAGGUGACGUAUUUUUAAAGUUAUCCGCUGACCUGGUUUUGGUUUUCAAUUGAUCCGGGGCUCAGGUCCAAUUUUUACGGUGGAAUUCACUUCGCUUUCUGCUUGCGGCAAAAUUUAAAUUACUUAAGAAAGACCUUUCUUAAAUUGUCCCUCGAGAACCAUAUAUUAUCAAUUCCAUUUUCCAUUUGAUGCAUGCGUGGUGAAGUAUCUAUUGCUUUACCUUUUCCAUUUGAUUAACAAUUGCUUCCAAGCUAUCCAUUUCAUGAAUAUUUUUUGUUGCAACCUUCGUAGAUUUAGAUGAAUGCCAGUCCCCAGAUGCUUGUGUAGCCAAUCACGUUUGUAAUAACACCGUUGGGUCGUAUAGGUGUGAAUGUCCAAUCGGAUUUGUUGCUGAUUCUGGUGCUCAGGACCCGCUAGCUCCAGUUUGUAUUGGUACGAAGUCUCGUAAUCUUGAAGAAUCUUCCAAUACAGUGAAGUACUACACAAUUGUAUUCCUUUUCUUUGGACAAUAAAUUAAAGGCUGCAGGAAAGUUGAGUUUGAAGAAUAAGUGGCUGAACGUUUUUCAUUCUUUUUAACCGUUAUUCUCCGUUGCUGCGCAUUCUAGUAUUUCUUUCUUUUCUUGCUUGGAUAAACUGAAGAUGCUAUUUUUAAUAACAAUACUAAAGAGUUUCUGGGGUGUAAGCGGGUGAUUAAACAUAAGUAAUCCUUAACAUAUGUUAAGCAAUGAUAAAAUCAACAAAAUAAAAUCUGGAAUUUUUCUAAAUAACAGUCUUAAAGACUCAAAAACUGCAAUGUUGAAAAGCUUAAAUGAUUUUCAGUUUAAGUAUUCUGCUAAUAUACAUGUGUUGCGGAUUACACUCUCUAUUUUGCCUAAUCCACCUUGGUAUAAUUUAAUAUGCUUAUUUAUGUUUUACGGAUACCUUUUUUUUUUAACUCCGCAGAUUUUGAUGAAUGCCAUUCCUCGGAUGCUUGUGAAGUAAAUCAUGUCUGUAAUAACACCGUUGGAUCCUACAGAUGUGAAUGUCCCACUGGAUUUGUUGCUAACUGCAGUACACAGAACCCACUUAAUCCAGUUUGCGUCGGUAAGAAGUAAAGACAAAAAAAACUGCAAAUAUAUAAAACAACAACAAUUAACUUUUUAGAAAGUACAUUAAAGAGAUUCAGAAGGUAACCUUAUGUGUGCUAUUCCAUCGUUAUAAGGAAUUGAGAGAUUUCGGGUUGUGUCCUGUUGUGGCGCGAGCUUAACGCUACUGGCGAUCGAGUACGCGACCAUUGAAAAACAAGGAUGAAUUUAUUUAACUUCGAAUACCGUCGGAUACUCAAGCUUUUUCUUUGUCAGACGCUCGCGAGAUGCUGAUUAUCACAUCUUUCGUGUUUAUUAAUUACCAAGCGUGAAAUUUACCAUCUUUCUUUAUUUGGAGGAUAAAUUAGCUCUUUUAAAGGUGUUCAUUUAUCCCGAGAGGAAUAAAUGUGCUGAUUUCAAAGGUAAACUUCAGCUGCUUUAGCUGUAGAUUUUCACGGCAAUAUGCGUUACCUUAAGUGUAGUAAGACACUGUUUAUUGCAUCUGUCUGCCCUUCUUACGUCAAGGCAACACGAAUAGCUGAAAGAUUUAGAAUAUUUAUCAAACGUGAUAUAUAGAUUUUAUUCUCCAGGGCCCAGUUGUUCGAAGGCCGAUUAGCGCUUAACCUAGGGUUAAAUUUAACCUUGGUUUCUUUUUCUCGUGUUCAAAAGCAUUUUCUCGGAUAAUUUUCACUGUUAGUUUUAGAGCUUCCAAUCAUCAACUUGUCGACAAAAAGAAUUAAAACUGAAAUGCUUUUUAAGCUUUCAAAUAUGAAUUUAAAUUUCGCACCCAGCUUUGAACAACUCUACCCAGUUUCGUAUAUUUAACAGACUGCUAAAUAUACCAAACUGGAGAAUAAGACCCUGUUUACAUGGGGUGGGGGACCCCGGUCUAGUGGGGUAAGUUUCUUUUGUUUUGUGUCCCCCAGAGUGUGAAAACAAAAGAAACCAACCCCACUAGACCGGGGUCCCCCACUCCAUGUAAACAGGCCCUAAUUGAGUGUUUUUAUUUAUUGCUCUAUCUUCAUGGCUCGUGAUCUCGGACCGAAGAGGAGUAAUGGAACAGGGCUAACGAAAAUAAUUGAGUUUGAAAUUUGGAAUAAUCGGACCUUUUGGGGAUGGAAUGCAAAAGAUUUUUGUGCUGGAGUAAUAGAAUAUUAGGGCCAUUUAUACGAGGAAAAAUAAGACGCGUCUUACAUAAGACAAGAACUGUACCAUUUAUACGAGCAUGUCUUAUCUAAUAAGACGCGUCUUAGCUAAGCUGCGUCUUAUUUUAGACCAAAUGUGCCGUUUAUACGGAAAGUUUGCGUCUUAUUUAAGACGCGUCUUGUGUAAGACGCGUCUUAUUUUUCCUCGUAUAAAUGGCCCUAUUGUGUCCUUUUAGCGGUGAUAAUGGAAUGAGGAAACAGAUUUUGUGAAGAGAUAAUGAAAUAGUGAAAACCUUGUUAUUUCUCUUCUCCCCAAUCAUUUCAAGUUGUAAAUAAAAAUGCAUUAUACGUUUCUGGGAAGCUGCCCACCUACCCCUCCCCUAAGCCAACAUUUUGAUUUUAAAUGACAAGUAAGUGUUAAUGUUGGCUUCGGGGAGGGGUAGGUGGGCAGUUUCCCAGAAACUUAUAAUGAUCCAUAAAAAUUAGCUUCUCUCCAUCUCAUGAGUUUUUGUUUCGUGACCGCCAUAGAUUUAGAUGAAUGCCAGUUCCCAGAUGCUUGUGGAGCCAAUCAUGUUUGUAAUAACACCGUUGGCUCGUACAGGUGUGGAUGUCCAAUUGGAUUUGCUGCUGAUUCUGGUGCACAGGACCCACUGAAUCCAGUUUGUAUCGGUAAGAAAUGUAGAAAAUUGUUCUAUGCAGACACAUAUUGAGAACUAAACAAUGCGAAAGUUUCUUAUCCAGAUUACAAAGUAAUUUAAAUAAAAUAUUGAUACUCGGAAUCUGAAGAUAUUGGUUACCCUCGGGGAAAAAACUUGGUGACCGUCAUUGAAUACACUGAGAUUACGUACUCCAUUUUUUAAAUUGUAUAAUCAAAAGAGAAUUCAAUUGCGUAUCAACUAACAAUUUAUAUUAACAUACAAGAAGGCAAACGACCUCAAUGCAGGCAAUCUAAGCCUUCGUUAAACUUGAUAACCUGUCUCUAAAAUGGUUUAAUGAGCGAAACCUUACGUAAAGGUAGCUUCAGUCUACUAGAAGUAGUAUUUUAAGAAUGUUUUAGACCCGUUUUAUAUGGAAUAGACUAACUCAAUGACUUCAUUUCCAGGCGUCUUGUAAGUUAGAGGGUGGUGCCAAGUUCUAUAUUGCUCUGCUGGGGGUCGUAAGACCAGGUUUUUUAUUUAUUUUCAGAAGGACAAUGCUAACUUUCACGAUAUAAAAAUACGCAUACAAAAAGUUGGGCGGUCAGAUACUUCCCACUGCUGCGUCCGCGCCUCCUGCUCUAUAACGCAUCACGUGCAUUCUAUACAAAGCAGCAUUCCAAUGAGAUCCGUCGGUCCAUCUUCAAUUUAUAUAUGACGAAUUUCCAUAUCAUUUUGGUGCAAUAUCAUAACAUGUGCCCUAAUGACUUUUGCUUAUUUUAUGACCUAUAGAGUAUUUCGACUUUAUGAAAAAGAAGUGUUUGAAGACAUUUGCGUAUAGAAGUCUAAGAUAAAAGCAUAGUAGAGUCUCAGGAUGUUACUAGGGAGCUUUAGCUCCGACGACGGCAACGGCAGCGAAAACGUCAGUAUUAAAAUGAAAUCCCGUUUUUUCAAUCUUUUUCGCGUUUAUUCCAAUUAGCUGAAAAUGGCAAGUGUAGGCGAAUUUCCCUGGAGUUGAUUUCUUGAGGACCGUACUCAAGUUUAGAGAGAGAAAAAGAGAUUCGUCGUCGCUUGUUUACGUCCUCCAUAAAACUUGCAAUUAGGCAUUUUCACGUCGUAGUCGUGCAAGGACGGUAAAGAAAUGUACAAAAAAGCGUGAUGCACGUGCAAAGUUGUUGUUUUGCGUAAUAAACCUAUUGCUUUUUUGACGUCCUGGUUGCCGUCGCCGUCGUCGUUGCUAAAGCUCCCUACUAUCAGGAACGCCGGGAGGUCGCAAAGAAUAACACAUAACAGUCUUGGGUGUAAACCAGAGAGUAGACAUAGGCAAACCUUGAACUUUCCUGUAAAUAAUGAUUAGUUUUAGCGGACAAACAAAAUCUGGUAUUUCCCUAAAUAUCAGUUUUGAAACCUCAGAAACUGCAAUAAAGAAAAGCUGGAACAGUUUUGUGUUAUUCUCGAAUUGCAAUCUCUAUUUAAGGCAUUGUGCAUAGUUAGUAUUGCUCUAUGCCUUGAUUUCUAAUAGCAUUCCUACGUUUCAUGGAAGAUUUUCUUUGUAACCUCUACAGAUGUUGAUGAAUGCCUGUCCUCGGAUGCUUGUGGAGCAAAUUCUGUUUGUAAUAACACCGUCGGAUCAUACCGAUGUGAAUGCUCCACUGGAUUUUCUGUCUGCGUUGCACAGAACCCACUUAAUCCAGUUUGUGCUGGUAAGAAGUAAAUAAACUUUGUUGAGAAAUACAUUCAGGAGGAAACAUUUCAUGUGGUAUCCUCUUGACAGAUGAGGUCUGUAAACCUGAUGGAAGAGCUAAACUAUUGCUUUUAAUUCAAAGUGAACACCUUUAAAACUAAGGUAAAUUAGUUAAAUGAAAAGAUUUCGGCGAUAACGUGGGAAUUUUAAGUCCCCGACCACACAUAUCGUUUUUUGUUUAAGAACGGAAUUUUUUCCACGGCUGGCCAAUUUGUCCAGACAUAUCCGGUGAAAACGGUUACCGCAAACGCAUUCAAAAAGCUCCCCAGAGUGAAGAGUUUUGAAAACGCCGUUUUGCGGUACUCGUGUUGGCUCGAAGAAAAGGGAGGUUUUCGAAAACGUUUACAGCACAAUGUUGGAUACUAGAAAACGCGCAUGCUCCCAUCAAAGUUGUUACCCUUUUUCAGUCACUAUUGCGGUUUCGUGUGGAAGGGCAGAAACGAUUAAAAAUUGCAACGCGUGGACGGGGCCUAAGAAUACCGAUAUGUAAGGAGAACUUUUGUCCUAUAAUUGUGGAGCUUUCCGUUGCGCCUUAAUGGAGAGAAGGGCUACAACGUGUCAAUGAAUUCCGUAUCUCCAUACAUGAGACCAAUGCAGGAACUUUUUAUAAAUCGCCUGUACAUGUUUCUUUUAUUCUUUAUUCGAAUAAAUGAGCAUUAUUUAUUGCCUUUAAGCUUUAACGCUGUUCUUAAAUUCAUGGAGACAUAUUCUUGCAACUUUUUAGAUUUAGAUGAAUGCCAGUCCCCAGAUGCUUGUGGAGCCGAUCAUGUUUGUAAUAACACCGUUGGAUCGUACAGGUGUGAAUGUUUAACUGGGUUUGUUCCUGAUUCUGGUGCGCAAGACCCACUGAAUCCAGUUUGUGUCGGUAAGAGGUUAAGUUGUCCUGAAGAGCGUAAUUUUUUAUACAGAAAAGCGAAAAAAAAUAAAUAAAUAAAAAACAGAAUGUCGAGGAAUUUUUUUUUAUUCCGAAACUUGGCCGGUUCAUACAGCAUCAUUUAUCAAAAGAGCUUUUUAAUAAAAGGGCUUAUAAUUUCAAUGUGCUUGGGUAUCGGACAUCCCUUAGUUCGAGUAAAGAAGAGGGCCAUUUUUCAGAAUCCUCUUUAAGGCGAUCUUAUCCCUCAAUAAAAAUCUUGCUUGUAUUAUUUGUUACUUCGAAACAGUACAACAAACGAAAUGUGAUGUAAAGGUGAAAGCAAACGUCCUUUGCUCUAAUGUAGAAUGUUUUUACGUGAGGUCAGGCCGCCAUUUUGGUGUCCUUACUGCUCCUGUGAUGGGAGUUGGAUCUUUUUCUUAUGCAAAAACUUUCUUUAGCUCCAAUAAAUUUACUGAGCUCCGGGUCACGUCAGUGAAGAGGCUCUAUGAAAAAUACAACAGGAAUUUCUAUAAAGCCCUCCUUUGUAGAUUUUAAUUUAUUUAGCAAUUAAUGAAUGAGGCUGAGUAGGAUAUGAAGAACCAAGCAGAUCUCGGAGGGUGUUAUCGGGCCGAGGUGGAUAACACCCUCCGAGAUCUGCUUAAUUCUUCAUAUCCUGCUCAGCCUCAUUCAUUAAUUGCUAAUUAUGCGGCAUCUAUUAAUUAUACUUAUUUCAAAUAGACGAUGUCAUAUUUAACUUGUCUUAGUCAAUUUGUCCUCAUUUGGUCAUAAUAAUGUCAUUUUUAGUGAAUUCUCGUUGUUAAUUCUGCAGAUUCAGAUGAAUGCCUGUCCCCAGAUGCUUGUGGAGCCAACUGUGUUUGCAAUAACACCUUUGGAUCAUACAGAUGUGAAUGUUGUGCUCCACAGGACCCACUAAAUCCAGUUUGUUUAGGUAAGAAGUAAAAUAAUCCAGAAAAGUAAAGUUAUAAGUUUUUAAGAAGUAAUGGAGCUACGGUCGGAGUGAAAUGCACAAUUUGUUGCUCUCCCAACUGAGCUAACCAGGCGGCGAUCUUUCGUCGAUUAAUUAAUUUUCGUUGAUUAAUUAUCAAGAAAAUUCAUGUGUUCAUGGCCUUAAUUUUAGUGACCAUCUUUGGUAGAUGAAUCUUUGUUAUUACCAGGAGAAAUUUGAUGCUGAUCACCAUCAGGCGCCAGUUGAUCAAAAGAUGAAUAGCGCUAUCCACCGGAUAAAUCACUAUCCACUGGAUAGCGCAAUUGGUUUCCCUAACACUUAUCCGAGGGAUAGUGAUUUAUCCGAUGGAUAACGGUAUCCAUCUUUUCGACAACCGGGACCCGGGGGUUAUUGAGGAUCAAGGCAUGCGCAGUAUUUAUUAAACCACCUUGAGGGACUGAUAAAUAAUACUGAAGAAUUUUCUAUGUAACUGUCUUAGAUUUUGAUGAAUGCCAGUCCCCAGAUGCUUGUGGAGACAAUCAAGUCUGUAAUAAUACCGUUGGCUCGUACCGUUGUGAAUGUCCAAUCGGAUUUGUUGCUGAUUCUGGUGCACAAGAUCCAAGGCAUACCGUUUGUGUCGGUAAGAUGUUAAUUCAUGUGUUCAUGUCAUUAAUUUUUUAGUACCAGGGGAAAUUUGAUGUUGAUCACCAUCAGGCGCCAGUUGUUCAAAACGUGAAUCGCGCUAUCCACUGGCUAGCGCCAUUGGUUUCCCUAAUACUUAUCCGAUGAAUCGCGUUUUACCGAUGGGUAGCGCUAACCAUCUUUUGAACAACCGGGGCCCGCGGGGGUUAAUGAUGAUCAAGGCAUGCGCAGUAUUUAUUGAACCACCUUGAGAGAUUGAUAAACAAUACUGAAGAAUUUUCUUUUGUAAAUGUCUUAGAUUUUGAUGAAUGCCAGUCCCCAGAUGCUUGUGGAGACAAUCAUGUUUGUAAUAACAUCGCUGGCUCUUACCGAUGUGAAUGUCCAAUCGGAUUUGUCGCUGAUUCUGGUGCACAGGAUCCAAGGCAUGCCGUUUGUGUC